AUGAACGCCCUCUGGACCGUCGCAGAGGCAAGCGUCACGGCCGCAAAAGAGGCCGCCGGCUGGGUCUCUGCCAACCCCGGAACCACUGCGUGCCUAGCCGUCGGCGCUGUGGUCGGCGCCCCCCUCGUGGUCGCCCCGAUGGCAGCAGCAGCUCCUGUCUUGGGCGCUGCUGGUUUUGGUUCUGGUGGUAUUGUCGGAGGUGAGCAGUUCCGCCGCCGCCGGAAGCAUGGGUCAGGCGUCGCCGCAGGGAGUGCCUUUGCUACCUUGCAGAGCGCGGCCAUGGGCGGGCAUGGUGUCACUGCCGUCGCGGGUGCGGUGCAAGGUGCCGGUGCUGCCGUGGCUGGCGUCUCAGGUGGCGUGGCCACUUGGCUGCGGACAAAGAAGUCGUGA